AUGAAAAUACAACUCCCAUCCAACCUAGCGCCAGGAAACUACUUCGUCUGCCACGAAAUCAUCGCUCUCCAUCUUGCCACAUCACUCAGCGGUGCAGAGUUCUAUCCCGCCUGUUUGCAGCUCAUGGUUGGCGCAUCGGGGACUGAAGUCCCUGACCCUUCGGGGUUGGUCAGUUUUGUUGGAAAAGGACUAGUAUACCCUCAGCCGAUGGAAGAGCGACUAUAUAUCACUGGAAACCGUACCUAG